AUGGCCCCCCAAACCACCAUUCCCACCCUCCACAGCCUCUCGCACUCCCAGGCUCACCGCUGCCUCUGGAUGCUCGAAGAGCUCUCCGCCGUUGACCCCACCUUCAAAUUCAACCUCAAGAACUAUCCACGCAAGGUUCCCUACAACAAAGACCUCCUCACUGUCUUCCGCCUCGGCAAAUCUCCCAUCAUGACCCUGGAAACAACAGACGGUAGUCCCCCACCCCUCAUCCAAUUCGAGCCCGGCGUCCUCACCGAAGCCAAGAGCAUUCUCGAAUUCAUAAACGAAGAAUACGCCUCAGAACGCUGGACGCCGACGUCCCCGGAGGACAAGCGAAGGAACAGGUUCUUCUGCGAAUUCGCAACCGGCACGCUCGCCCAGAAAAACGACUUCACACUCAUCUUCGAGAUCCUCGGGCAAAUCGCUCCUUGGCCCUUGUCCUGGCUGUAUCGCCUCAUGGGCCUCCCCAUGACGAUGCGCUUCAAGUCCGAUCUUCAGCCUGUGUUUCAGAUACUGGAUGAUGCGCUGAGCGAGGAGAAGCCGUGGUUUGGCGGCGCGGAAAUGGGCGUUAGUGAUUUCAAUAUGAAUUGGGGGAUGGAGGUUGCGGUGCAGAGGGGGUAUUGUGACUUGAGUAAAUACGCGAAGUUGCGGGAUUGGUAUGAGAGGGUGGAGAAGAGGGAGCCGAAGAAGAGGGCGGUGGAGAGGGGUGGGAAGAUGGAUUUGGUGUGGUUUGGACAUAAGGGUACGAAGUUUAAGAUGGAGGAAUUGGGUGCUAGUGGGCAGAAAAAGGUGGAUUAG